AUGAAGACCGACAGCUUCCUGUGUUGCUUCAGAAGGUUUGCUUCGCGAAGAGGUCUGUGCAACACUGUCUACAGCGACAACGCCCCCACGUUCAAACGAAGCAACAGAGAGCUGAAGAAGCUUUGGCACGUCAUCAAGGGCCAAAAAGUCGAAGACUAUCUCGCCUGCAGUGGCAUUAGUUGGAAGUUCAUCCCCGUCGCAGCUCCCUGGUGGGGUGGUUUCUACGAGCGCAUGAUACGAUCCAUCAAGCAAGCUAUCAGGAUAACCAUCGGAAGAAGGUUCCUUGAGUUCGACGAGGUGGCGACUAUGCUUACGGAGGUGGAGGCGGUCAUAAAUUCGAGACCACUGACAUACACUUACAGUGAGUUCAACGAGCCCACCCCUUUGUCACCUGCGUUGUUUCUAACAGGCCGACGGCUGAUAACACUUCCGCCAGUGGAAAACCGAGGCGUAGCGCAUUUCACUGAUGUAUGGAAGACCCGACAGGAGAUGUUACGAGAACUAUGGCUUGCCUGGAGAAAAGAGUACGUCGGCGAACUUCGAUCAGCGCAUCUGACAUCAUCCCGACGUGGUAAAGAGUUCGAGGUUGGCGAGAUAGAACUGAUGGGCAGCAAGAAGCUUCGACUGCUAUGGAAGAUGGGGCAAGUAGAGUCCAUAAACCGAGGAAACGAUGGCGGCGUUAGAUCCUGCACAGUCAGGACUACAAAGGGCGUCAUCAAAGGAAUAGCAACGAGGAACCUCUACCACUUGGAAGCACCGAGCAAGGUCGACAACUGA